AUGGUUGAGUUCUCUGUCUACCUAGAAACCUGGAGCACCCCGCUGCUGAUCGCCGCUCGGCACGGGCACCUGGAGGUGGUGGAGUAUCUGCUGGAUCACUGCGGCGCCCGCGUGGAGGAGGGGGGCUCGGUCAACUUCGAUGGGGAAACCAUCGAGGGGGCCCCACCGCUGUGGGCAGCGUCUGCGGCCGGGCACCUGGGGGUGGUGAGGAGCCUCCUGGAUCACGGCGCCUCGGUGAACCAGACCACGCUGACCAACUCCACGCCGCUGCGGGCUGCUUGCUUCGAUGGGCACCUGGAGAUCGUGCGCUACUUAGUCGGGGAGCGUGGGGCUGACCUGGAAGUAGCCAACCGGCACGGACACACUUGUUUGAUGAUAUCUUGUUACAAAGGGCACCGGGAAAUUGCACGUUACUUGCUAGAGAAAGGGGCCGAUGUCAACCGUCGGAGCGUCAAGGGGAAUACGGCCCUGCAUGACUGCGCCGAGUCCGGUAGCCUGGAGAUCCUGCAGCUGCUGCUCCGCUCCAAAGCCCGCAUGGAGAAAGACGGCUAUGGCAUGACUCCUCUGCUAGCUGCCAGUGUCACCGGGCACACCAACAUCGUGGAGUACCUCAUCCAAGGAGGGCUGCAGCAGGAGGAGGAGGAGGUUGCAGGGAACCAGAACGGGACCUGCGCCUCAGGUGGGAGCCAUCAGAGGGGCUGCAGCGCUGGCAAGGAAGCUCCUCGGGGCUGCGAUGAAGAGGGGUGUGGGAGAUGCUGCGCCUCAGCUUCCAGUCAGGAUGAGCAGCAGGCCCCUAACGUGUUCUGCACUCGAGAGGCUGCUGUGGAAGCGCUGGAAUUGCUCGGUGCUACGUUUGUGGAUAAGAAACGUGACCUUUUGGGAGCCCACAAGUACUGGCGGAGGGCGAUGGAGCUUCGCUGUGAGGGCGGUCAAUACCUGCCUAAACCUGAGCCCCGGCAGCUGGUGUUGGCUUACGACUAUUCCCGGGAAGUGAGUUCUCUGGAGGAACUGGAAGCCUUGAUUACUGAUCCGGACGAGAUGCGCAUGCAAGCGCUGCUGAUUAGAGAGCGCAUCUUAGGUCCUUCCCACCCAGACACGUCCUAUUACAUCCGUUACCGAGGAGCGGUCUAUGCUGACUCCGGCAACUUCGAGCGCUGCAUUAACCUGUGGAAGUAUGCUCUGGACAUGCAGCAAGGCAACCUGGAGCCUCUCAGCCCGAUGACUGCCAGCAGUUUCCUUUCCUUUGCUGAGCUUUUCUCUUACGUGCUUCAGGACCGCUCCAAAGGCACUUUAGCUACUCACUUGGGCUUCUCUGACCUCAUGGGAGUACUGAGCAAAGGGGUCCGGGAGGUGGAGAGAGCUCUUGUGCAUGGCAAGGACCCUGUAGUUGACUCGGCGCAGUUCACCAAGACGCUGGCCAUUAUCCUCCACCUGGUCUUCUUGCUGGAGAAGGUGGAGUGCACCCCAGAGCAGGAACACCAGAAGCGCCAGACUAUCUACCGCCUGCUGAAGUGCAGCCCCCGCGCCAAGAAUGGCUUCACUCCUUUGCAUAUGGCCGUGGACAAAGAUACCACAACAGUGGGACGUUAUCCCGUGGGCAAGUUCCCGUCGCUCCACGUUGUGAACUUGCUUCUGGAGUGCGGGGCUGACCCAGAUAGCCGUGACUAUGACAACAACACCCCGCUGCAUGUUGCUGCCCGCAACAACUGCCCGCUGAUCAUGAGUGCCCUGAUGGAGGCUGGAGCCCAUAUGGACGCCACCAAUGCCUUCAAGCAGACUGCUUAUGAGCUGCUGGAUGAGAAGCUGCUCACCAAGAGCAUGAUGCAGCCCUUCAACUACAUCACCCUCCAGUGCCUUGCUGCUCGCGCCCUGGACAAGCACAAGAUUCCCUACAAAGGUUUCAUCCCCGAGGAGCUGGAAGCCUUCAUUGAACUGCACUAGGGUGGGAGAGCUUAAGUCCCCAGCCUUUCCCGUCACCUGUUUCACCCCACAGAGGUAGUGCAGCCUGAGAUCUCAGGCCAUCCUUGCAUAGGUGCCGAAGGCCGUCGCUGUGCUGAGACGGGCUGCGAGCUUUAUUCUCAUCUGUCACCAUCCAGCUGGCAUGUGCCGGGGUAGGGGAGGAGGAGGCUCAAGAGCUCAUGGCUGUCCCUCAUUGUUGUUGUCUUCAGGUACCAGAUAUCUCCAGUGCACUGUAUCCAGAGAUGGCCGCAGCCCCUGCCCUUUCCUAUGCCAACCGGCUUGUCCUGAGAAGGAAGAAAAAUGGAGAUUCCCUGGGACCUGCUGCUUCUCCCAUUAGUGCUGGAUUAACUCAGCGUGAAGCUUUGGAGCAGCUACACAUCACACAUGUGCUCUAGCCCUUCCCAUCCCAAAUACUGAACAGAUAGGAAUGCAAGUGAGGAAUAAAAUAUCUUCCAACUAAUUCUUUCCCCACCCCCUUCUCAGAUUUGGUACAGUAUGAGUCCAACAGCCGAGCGGCUUGUGCUCUGCUGAGGUAGUUGCCUUGCAUGGCAGUAGGGUUGGGUAUGCUGAGGAUGGGUUUUUUUUCUCCUUUGGUUGGCCAAGUAGCAAAUGGUGUUAAAGGCCUGAGGUUUCAAUGAUUGUGCAUAAAGCUGGCUUAUUUUUUCUCUUUUAGAGCCAGGCCCUAUCUAUGCUGCAAGACUUCUUCAAUCCUGUAAGAUAUAGUAAGGUCAGUUCUGGUUAUAUAGUUUCAUCAAUAGAUGUUGGUUUUUAUGGAUGGGGAGGAAAACCUGCUACCUUAUAUACAAAAUAUUCAUGUGGCAUUCCAGCCCUUAGCUUGCCCAUUCUGCACAGGUUCACUCCCUUCCCUGUGUGGAGGUCCUUGAGCCCCUGAGGUCAGCAGGGAUUGAGCUGUACAGGGUGGACGUGGCCAGGUUUCAGAGCCAGACCAGUGCACUUCGAACCAUCUUUGAGGAUGUGCUCUUUGCCCAUCAGCCCUCUAGGAUGGGAGGUACUUGUAGCGUGGGUGGUGCUUGGGCGGUUAUUAAAGCAAGUGAGUGUUGGUGGCAUGUUUGCAUGAGGGUGGUCUGAAGGAAGAAGCAAGAAAAAAAGAAGAAAGUUAAAGGUGCCGCCUUCUAAGGUUUAUUAGUAUCAACCAAUUGAGCUCUGUAACAAUCCCAUUCUGAAAACCUACACGGAGUGGGUUGUUAGCAUCUGGUUUUGGCUUUUGAUUCUUUUUGCAGCUUUACUGAGGAUGGUGCUACUUCAAAGAUUGAAUUUGAAAUCUCAUUUGGCUACUAUUUGGGCAAGCUCCUUUCUUUAAUUAGGAUCUGCACACAACUGGUUUUUAAAUCUGUAGUCUCAGGGUAGGUAUUUGCCUCCAUUAGCAGAACCCUCCGUGGUGGUAAACAGUCAGUGUUGGUAAACAUGAUGCUGUUCCAGCAGUUUUAUCUUCUUGCAGGGGGAGUGACUGGGCUUUGGCAGCAUGUGGCUCAUUUCUUGGCCUUGGGCAGAGUGGAAAGCACAGUUGGGGGUGAAGCAGCUGCCUCUGAGCUUUGGGAAAGGUCAAGACUGGGAGAGCAGAACCCUGACAAAUAGCCAUGCACUAUAUGCUACUGAAGCUUCUCUACUUGUAUUUAUAAGCCAGCAUAUCCAUAUGCCUCAAUAAUCUUACGCUCUCUGCCCUUUAAAGAUAUCGUAGAUCUGCCAUUACAUUUUUGCAGUGUUAACUAUAACAUUUAUUUAUAAAGCAAGAAGGUUUAACUUUUAUUGAGAUGUAAAGUGCAGAGUUAGUUUAGCUACAUUCUAUUUUUUUUUUUUUCCUUUUGGCUGAAACCUGAACUAAACUGCAGGAAUGGAAUUUGUUAAUUUGUGAGCUGAUGAGCGCUCUUAACUUUAAAUAAUAAAACAAAAAAUGGCUGCUAGAA